CGCGCUACUACAAUAUCCCUAAAUCUACACUUCGGAUAUACCUAUAUAGGGUCUAAUAAUACGCGACUACUUACAUUCUCGCGGAUUAGCUCCCUAUCCCUCUACUAUAUAAGAAAUAGUGAACCUUCUCCUUUAAUAUCGAGGAACUACCCUAGUAGUUUCGACCUAAAGUUUAGAAUCGACCCUAAUAAUAUUUAUAACUUCGAUAAGACUAGUUUUACUAUAGGCUUAACUAUAAUAGUAAAGGUUAGGCCCUCCCUCUAUAUAUUAUUUUUAAAGAUAAUUAGCGAUUUAAACCUAGAAAUCGAGAAUAGGUAA